GCUGCUUCCCUCUCCACCUGCCGGGCGAGCUCCGCGCCAUGGGCCGCUGCAGGCUGGGGGGCGGCGGAGCCGAGCCCCGCUGAGCCCGCCGGGCCGGCCAUGGGCGACCGCGAGCGCAACAAGAAGCGGCUGCUGGAACUGCUGCAGGCGGCGGGCACCGGCAACGCGCGCUGCGCGGACUGCGGAGCGGCGGAUCCCGACUGGGCCUCCUACAAGCUGGGCAUUUUCAUCUGUCUCAACUGCUCCGGCGUCCACCGCAACUUCCCAGACAUCAGCAAAGUUAAAUCCGUGAGACUUGACUUCUGGGACGACAGUACUGUGGAGUUUAUGAGCCACAAUGGGAACCUCCGUGUGAAGGCCAAGUAUGAAGCCAGAGUCCCUGCUUUCUACUAUGUCCCCCAAGCCAACGACUGCCUAGUGUUAAAGGAACAGUGGAUUCGAGCUAAGUAUGAAAGACAGGAAUUUAUGGCCGAUGGGAAAACCAUGUCAUCCCCAGGUAACCGAGAAGGGUUCCUGUGGAAGCGAGGGAGGGACAAUGCUCAGUUCCUGAGGAGGAAGUUUGUCCUGCUGGCAAGAGAAGGCCUCCUGAAGUACUAUACAAAAGAAGAGGGUAAAGGCCCCAAAGCUGUCAUCAGCAUCAAGGACUUGAAUGCUACCUUCGAGACAGAGAAGAUAAGGAACCCCCAUGGGCUGCAGAUCACCUACAGGAAAGAGGGCCACAUCAGGAACCUGUUCGUGUACCAUGAGAGUGGGAAGGAGAUAGUGGACUGGUUCAAUGCCCUCCGUGCAGCCCGUCUGCAAUACCUAAAAACGGCCUUUCCUGAGCUCCCAGAGUCUGAGCUCGUGCCCCUCAUCACCAGGAACUACCUCAAACAAGGCUUCAUGGAAAAGACUGGUCCAAAGCAAAGAGAACCUUUCAAGAAAAGAUGGUUUGCUCUGGAUCCCCAGGAGCGGAGGCUGCUGUAUUACAAGAACCCACUGGAUGCCUUUGAACAGGGCCAGGUCUUCUUGGGGAGCAACGAGCAGGGGUAUGGAGUCUAUGAAGACCUGCCCAAGGGCAUCCGGGGGAACCGCUGGAAAGCCGGCCUCACCAUCAUCACCCCGGAGCGGAGAUUUGUCUUCACCUGCCCCAGUGAGAAAGAGCAGCGGGAGUGGCUGGAGAGUUUUCGGGAUGUCCUCUCUCGCCCCUUGACGCCCCUCAACCUCCUCCCUGCAUCAUCGGAGAGUGGCCACAGCAGCAGGUGACUCGUUGGCUGAGGAGCUGGCCACUGGUCACCUGAAGCUCAUGGGAAGAAGGACAAGCUGUCACCUAGGCCUUCGGUGCCCAGCAGAAGUGCCCCGAGGUCAGCAGCCAUGGCUGGCCAUGAACUCUGCCAAGACUGAAGCUUUGGCCUUUACUUACUGGCUCCCUGGGCCUUCCCACUGCCCUGGGGGUCUUGGGGACCUGGCACCUGUCAUCAAGGCUCUGGAGAUCUGAGAUGAAGGUGCUGCAAUGGAAAGCCACCCACCAUGUCAUGCAAGUGGCAUGUUUGCUCAAAGAGAAAAAAAAGGUUGAUUCUGAAUCUAACCAUGAGGGAAUAAUCAGACAAAUCCACAUUAGGGACAUUCUGUAAAACAGCUGGCCUGCACUCCUCAAAAGUGUCAGGAUCAUGAAAGAUAAAGUCAGGAGGAAACUUACCUAGAUAAAAGAAGACUAAGGGAGGCAACAAGGUACAAUUCAUGAUUCUUGAUGGAUCCUGGAUUUUUACACUUUAUUUUAUUUUUUAAGAUUUUUAUUUUUAAGCAAUCUCUACACCCAAUGCAGGGCUCAAACUCAUGACCCCAAGAUCAAGGGUCACAUGCUCCAGCAACUGAGCCAGCCAGGCAACCCUGGAUUCUAAGUUUUUAAAAAACAGCUAUAAAAGACCUAAUUGAGAUACCUGGGGCAGUUUGAAUAUGGAUGUAUAUUAGCUAAUCAUGAUGUGAGACUGAUAAUUAUGUUAUAUUUGUGUAGGAGAUUGCUCUUGUUCUUAAUGAACACGUGCUAAAAAGUUCAGGGGUAAAAUGGAAUAAUCUUUAGUCUACAACUGACUCUUACGUGGGUCAGCAAAGAAUAAGUGUAUUUGUACAUGUAUAUAUAGAAAGUAUAUACAUAUAUAUAUAGUGUGUGUAUGUGUAUAUAUGGAAGACAGGAAGUAUAUAUAUAUAUAUAUAUAUACAGGGAGAGAGAGAAAAAGCAAGCCACAGUGCAAAAUGUUAGCAACUGAAGAAUCUACAGGAAGUAUAGAUGGGGUCUUUAUUGUCCUGUUGGUGCAAAUUUUCUAGUGACUCAAAAGUGUUCAAACUAAAAAGUUGGAAGCUGGGGAAAUUUUUAAAGAAACAUCCACUCUCAGCCUUCAAAAGCAGUGUGUUUUCAAUAUGAAUCAAGAUAGUUCCUGACAGUUCAUGUUAGAAGAAAUGAAAACCUAGAGAAUACAAAAAAAACAAUGUCUGAACUGAUGAUCGUCAUACUCCAGAAAGAAAGAAGCAAGCCGAGGAGGCGGCUGUGCUGGACCCUAGGACACAGCUGUCCAAUCUGCGUGUCAGCUGUGGCCUUGCCACUGACUUGAAAUUGUUGAAAACCUCACUUUCCCACUGAUGUGCCUUGGCUUUUCUCUUUUACUUAAGGAAGUUGUGCUAACUAUUGAAAUUCAAUGGAAGCAAUAAGUAUUUUUGAGCAUCUCCUAGGUGCCAGGCUCUGGGCUAAGCCUUGGGAAUAGGGCAGGAAUCACAUGAUCCCUGCUGUCACAGAUCCCAGGCUGCUACAAGUCAACUCUUACACAGGGUGGGACGAUGCCACGAGUGUUCAGAACAGGAAGUACAAGCUCCUUGGGUAGCAUGCAGCAUAGGGUUUCCCCUAACUGAGGGUCGGGGGAUAGGACGGCCUCUGUCCUCUCCAGAAAGUGACGUUGAAAUAGAAACCUUAAAGAUAUUUAGAGGUUAGUCAAAGGGAAGAGGGUGGGGAAGACACUCGUCUCAGGGAAGUAAAUGUUCAAAGGCCUUUGGAUGGGAAAGAGGAACUGAUAGAAAUCGUGAAGGGCUGAUGUGUUAGAGAAACAGAUCACCGAGGUCUCUGCUCUGUGAUUCUUUGUCUUUCAUGUGAUGUGCAGAGGAACAUUUGGUGUUCUCUCUUCAUUUUGGUGGAGACGGAAAGGGUUGGGAGGGUGUUUACUAGAGUUGCUGCUUUUUACGGUGUUUUCCUAUGGAUUCCCCCCAGAGGACAAGCAGUGUUAUUGGAGUGUCUUUUCGGAGGCUUCUUGACAGCCCAGAGGAAGAUGUGGGUGCUUCCUCUUCUGGCUCCUGAAGCACCUUGAAAAUGUCUGUUUCAAUACCUGCUGGGUUCAAUACCUAAGGGUCAGUUGACUCACCUGCCUUUUUUACUACCCAUGAGCGAUGCCUAGAGAGGAAGAAAGAAGUAAACAGGCAGUAAGAAAGCUACUUGGUAUUAAGAAGGAAAGUCACAUGAUCAGAUUCCAAACUUAGGAAAAGAAGGCAGCAAUGUAGAGUAUGAGAAGGAAGCAGAGAGAUCAGUUGGGAGGCCAUUGCAUAAAUCACAAGCACCAUCGUAAUGCCUAGUUCUGGGCUUGUGUCUGAGGGAGCACACCAGCUCUAUUUCCCAUCUCUUCUUUCUUAAACAUCCUCCUCUUGUUCAGACAGAAAAGCCAUACCUCUUACCCGCCUUAAACCUUACUAGAGUAUAUUGCUCCAAGGCAUAAAAAUCUUUAUUUGGGAUGCCAAAUAAAGAGAUCUUUUGAAAUAAGAGUGACAAGCCUUCUUUUUAAAUUUUAUUUUUUAUAUCACUCUAAAAUUGACUUUUUUUUACUGUUCUGUAAGUCUUAAUACAAUAGGAUUCAUGUAAUUAUCACCACAACCAGAAUAAAGAAUGGUUACAUCACUUCAAACAUUCCCUAGUGCUACCUCAGCCACACCCUUCCCCUGCUACCUGCCAAUCACAGAUCUGUUCUUCAUCAGUCCAGAUUUGUAUUUUUGAAGAUGUCAUAUAAAUGGAAUCAUUCAAUAUGUAAUUUUUGAAACUGGCUUCUUUCAGUAUAAUGCCUUCGAGAUUCAUCCAAGCCACUGCAUGUAUCAAUAAUUCUUAUUGCUGAGUAGUAUUGCGUUAUAUGGAUGUGCCACAGUUUGUUUAUCCCAUGGAAUAGUACUCAGCAAUAAAAAGGAAUGAAUUAUUAAUACAUGCAACAAUAUCCAGGAGUGGCACUGUUGAGUUAUAUGGUAGGUGUAUGUUUAACUUUAUAACAAACCAUCAAACUGUUUUCCAGAGAGGCUGGACUAUUUUGCAUUUCCACUAAUGAUAUUUGAGAAUCCUAGUUACUCUGCCCAGAAGUCCAGUGUACCAUCCAUUGUGCCACAGAGCCAGGAAGAGAGUUCCAGUUACUCUGCAUCAUCACCAGCACUUGGUAUUGUCAGUACUCUUAAUUUUAACAGUCCUAAUAAAUGUGUAGUGGUUUUCCAUGGUUUUCAUUUGUAUUUCUCUAGUGGCUGGUGAUGCUGAACAUUUUUUCAUGUGCUUAUCUUUGGAGAAGUGACUUUGGUUCCAUGUCUCAUUUUUUAAAUUAAUUUUUUUAAAAGAUUUUAUUUAUUCAUUUGAGAGAGAGAACACAAGCAGGAAGAAGAGCAGAGGAAGAGGGACAAGCAGACUUGCCACAAUACGGGGAGCCCGACAUGGGGCUCGAUCCCAGGACUAUGAUAUCGUGAUGUGAGCUGAAGGCAGAUGCUCAACUGACUAAGCCACCCAGGUGCCGGUCAUUUUUUUAAUUGCGUGGUUUCUUUUCUUUAUUGUUGAGUUUUGACAAUUCUUUAUAUAUUCUUGAUAUUAGUCCUUUGACAGACAUGGAAUGUGCAAAUAUUUUACCCCAAUCUGUAGCUUUUUAUUCUCUUAACAGUGCCAGGGAAGUUUUCUUACGGCAUUGAGGUCAGGGUUUAUGGCUUCCUUUGUUUUUUGCAGAUUUUUGUUGGUGAUGAAGUUUGGCAUGAAAAAUAGGGUGUUUUGGCUUAUGUUUGGAUAUUUUGAAUUCAUAUAAAGCGGAGUAGGAAUGAGGAUGAUGUUCAUUUAAUGGCUUCUUCCCCUGAAAAAAAUAUGCUUUGUCCCUGAAGGAAUGCACUGGUAGAUAUUAAUGGCAGUCAUACCUUAUUUCAUCCCCCACACAAAUUCAGGAAUUUGUCCUUUCCCAUCUAACAUUAGAACCCAGUGUCACAGGGAUGUGUAUUGACACAUUUUUUUAAAAGAUUUUAUUUACUUAUUUUAUAGAAAGAGCAUGCAAGGGGCAGGGAGGGAGGUAGAGGCAGAGGGAGAGAGAGAAACCAAAGCAGAAUCCCUGCUGAGCAAGGAGCCCAAGGGAGGGCUUGCUCCCAGGACAGCAACAUCAUGACCUGAGCAGAAACUGAGCUGGACACUUAACGUGCUGAGCCACCCAGGUGCCCUUUAACACAUCUAUUUGAAUUUAACAAUGAUGUCAGACGGACGGAAAAUGAGUCUGAUUUGCCUGACUGGUUUGAUGUGAGAACUGGCCCUGCCAAUUAGGUUAUGUGGCAAGAAUUUUGCAUAAAUUGGGUAAGCUAAAUCUGCAGCCCCCAAAUUUUAAAGAAAAUAUAUUUCAAGCAUAUAAAAGUAUCUCUCCAAAAAAAUAUGAGAUUGGCAAAGGUGUAUUGAAAUGACUAAUAUUCCAAUUUUUCUAGGCCUGAGUAUAUCAAGUUAAACAAAGUGACUCUUAAGUAAUAGAGUGACUGGUUUAAUUGAUAGUAAUUUGAUAAGCCCGGGCAAAGUCUUGUUACCAUACCUCCCAGAAAAUUAGAAAGUGAACACUUCUUUUUUCUCUAAGUUUUUAUUUAUUUAAUCUCUACAAUCAACAUGGGGCUCAGACUCAUGGCCCUGAGAUUAAGAGUUGCUUGCUCUUUCAACUGAGCCAGCCAGGCACCCCAAGAAAGUAAAUACUUUUGACUUUUGCAACACAGGUAGCCUCAAAUUCUUUGCUCUAAUAAAGAUUAAAGGAAAAUCUGAUCAAAUUGUCAGCUGAGAGAUUACUAAGUAAUUUCUGUUGAUGGAUCACUGAUUUUUUUGAUCUCAAAGUAUUCAGUAAAGUAUGUGACAUGGUUGUCAUAUAUGUGAACGAGGUUUUUCAGACCUAACAUAAAAACAAAAAAUAGGAGUAUAAUUUAUUCCCGAAUCUUGUUUAAUUCUAUUGCUAAGUAAUGUUCAUCUCUCAUAUAACUCAAUAGCAAAAAAAAAAAAAAUUAAAACAGGCAGAAGACCUGGAUACAUAUUUUCCAAAGAAGAUGUACAAAUGACCAGCAGGUACAUGAAAAGGUGCUCAACAGCAUAAUCAUCAGGGAAAAGCAAAUCAAAACACCAAUAAGAUAUCACCUUGCUGUAAGAGUAGCUAUCAAAAAGACAAGAAAUAACAAGUAUCAGCCAGGAUGUGGAGAAAAGGGAACCCCUGUGCACUGCUGGUGGGAAUGUAAAUUGGCGCAGCCACUGUGGAAAAGUUAUGGAGGUUCCUUAAAAAAUAAUAAUAGACCUACCAUAUACCCAGUAAUUCCAUUUCUGGGUGGGUAUAUGAAGGAAACAAAAUCACUGUCUCAAAGAGUUAUCUGCACCCAAUGCAGCGUUAUACACAAUUGUCAAGUCAUGGAAAUAGCCUGUGUCUACAUUAAUAGAUGAAUGGAUAAAGAAAAUACACACACACCCCUUGAGGAUAUUAUACUAAAUGAAAUAAAUCAGAGAAAGACAUUGUAUGAUCUCACAUGUAGAAUCUAUAAAAGCUGAACUCAGAAACAGAGUAGAAUAGUGGUUGCCAGGGACUGGAAAGUGGGGGGAAAUGGGAAGAUGUAGGGCAAAAAAUACAAAUUGCCAUUUUUGGGAUGAAGAAAUUCUGGGAAUCUAUCAUACAGCAUGGUGACUAUUGUUUACUAUUUUGUAUAUUUUAAAGUUGCUAAGAGAGUAGAUCUUAAAUGUUCUCAUCAGCCUCAAAAAAAGGUGAGAUGAUGGAGGCAUUCACUAACCUUAUUAUGGUAAUCAUUUUGCAAUAUAUAUGUGCAUUAAAUAAAUCAUUGUAUUGUACAUCUUAAACUUAGAGACAAUGCUAUGUGUCAUUUGAGAUAACUCAGUAAAGCUGGAGAAAAAAGUAAUAUUCAUCCACAGAUAAAUGUGUUUUUUUAAAUUAAAAAAAUUUUUUAAAAAAGAUUUUAUUUAUUUAUUCAUGAGAGACACAGAGAGAGGCAGAGACAGGCAGAGGGAGAAGCAGGCUCCAUGCAGGGAGCCCCAUGUGGGAUUCUAUCCUGGGACUCCAGGACCACACCCUGGGCCAAAGGCAGUCGCUAAACCGCUGAGCCACCCAGGCGUCCCGAUAAAUGCAUUUUUUAAAAGAAACCAGCCCAUCCAUCUCACUAAGAGCUGUAAUUCCAAUAAAAUUUUGAUUUUUUAGUUAAUACCUAUUUAUAUAAAUUUAUAUUUGUUUUGAUUGACUGCUAAUAAUAAUUUUUAAAAAAUAUUUGUUAGAGACAGAAGAGUAUGAGCAGGGAGGGGUAAGGGAGAGGGAGAGAGAAUCCCAAGCAGACUCCACACUGAGUGUGGAGACUGACUCUGAGCUCAGUCUCAGGACCUCGAGAUCAUGACCUGAGCAGAAAUCAAGAGUCAGAUGUUUAACUGACUGAGCCAUCCAGGUGUCCUGACUGCUAAUAAUAACUUUUUUAAUUAAUUUUUUUCUGAUUUUAUUUAUUUAUUCAUGAGAGACACAGAGACAUAGAGAGGCAGAGACAUAAGCAGAGGGAGAAGCAGGCUCUAUGCAGGGAGCCUGAUGUGGGACUUGAUCCCAGGACUCCAGGAUCACGCCCUGAGCCGAAGGCAGAGGCUUAACUGCUGAGCCACCCAGACAUCCCUAUAAUUUUAAUGAUAAGUCAAUCCAGCAUAAAAAUUUAUUUAUUUUUUUAAAGAUUUAAUUUAUUUAUUCAUGAGAGACACGGAGAGAGCGAGAGGCAGAGACACAGGCAGAGGGAGAAGCAGGUUCCAUGCAGGGAGCAUGAUGUGGGACUCCAUCUCAGGACUCCAGGAUCACACCCCGGGCCGAAGGCAGGCACUAAACCGCUGAACCACCUAGGGAUCCCCCAGAAGAAAAAUUUUUUUUUUUUAAGAUUUUUUAUUUAUUUAUGACAGACACAGAGAGAGAAAGAGGCAGGGACACAGGCAGAAGCAGGCUCCAUGCAGGGAGCCCGACAUGGGACUCGAUCCCAGGUCUCCAGGAUCAUACCGCUGGCCAAAGGCGGCGCUAAACCGCUGAGCCACCAGGGCUGCCCCCCAGAAGAAAAAUUUAAUGAGCCUUUUUGUUAUAGGAAGUAAAACAGACUUAAAAUUUCAAUAAAUAUGCAUAUUUCUAUUGCAGAGAAUUAUUACAAGUUGAUAAAAGUGAUUACAAAGUGAUAAAAGACUUUCAUGCAUAAAAUAGAUUGCUUUAGAAUAUCGUUCUGUGGAAUUGGACAACUAAGAAGAAAUGGAUAAAUUCCUAGAAACAUAUAAACUACCAAAACUGAAACAGGAAGAAAUAGAAAAUUUGAGCAGACAUAUAACCAGCAAAGAAACUGAAUCAGUACAAAAAAAAAAAAAAAAAAAAAAACCCUCCCAACAAAUGAAACUCCAGUGAUGUGGGAAGCAAAGACAAAAGAAAAAUCAAACAUCUUUACUACUUAUAGGCCAUUGACAAGUCCUUGAAACAGGCAGAAUGACAGUCCUAUAGGAACUCAGCUGCCUCGAUGUUAGAGCUUUGCUAAGGGCAAAAGGCAAUCUUAGCCCAACUCCAGAAUCCUGUAAGUCUACUUUAACGUGUAAAAAUUCCUUUGAGGGGCAUCUGAGUGGUGUAGUUGAUUAAGCGUCCAAUUCUUGGGUUCAGCUCAGGUUGUGAUCUCACAGUCUUGGGAUUGAGCGCCAAGUCACACUCCGUGCUCAGCAUGGAGUCUGCUGAGAUUCUCUCUCCCUCUUCCGCUGCCCCUCCUGCUCAUGCUCACCCUCUGUCUAAAAUAAAUAAAUCUUUUUUAAAAAAAUAAAUAAUUACUUUGGAAACUUCCUUUAUCUUUAUCCUCCCAAGAUAUGUGUUGGCAAUAAUCCUCCAAGCAUAUGAUCCACCAAUAUACAUCUGGAGGGUCUCAUGACUAAGGUUUUAUUAGACAGUAAUAAAGAUUGAUUUUUUUUAUUUAUUUAUUUAUUUAUUCAUUCAUUCAUUCAUUCAUUCAUUCAUGAGAGACAGAGAGAGGGGGGGGGUAGAGUCACAGGCAGAGGGAGAAGCAGGCUUCCUGCAAGGAGCCCAAUUCGGGCUCCAUCCGGAUCCUGGGAUCACGCCCUGAGCUGAAGGCAGAUGUUUAACUGCUGAGCCACCCAGGCGUCCUAUCAGACAGUAAUAAAUGAUCUUUUCCUAACAAUAGCUAGCCCCCUCAAAGUCCUGGAAACCUUGCUUCCAAAAUUCUUUGGAGACUUAUGCUCUCACUAACCCCCUCCCAACUUGGAGGUAUAUAAUGGGUCACUCCUCAUGACCCCAGUGCAGCUCUUUCUGCCCACAGGUCCUGUCCCUGUGCUUCAAUAAAAACACUUUUGGGCCCCUGGCUGGCUCAGUGGUUGGACAUCUGCUUUUGGCUCAGGUUGUAUGUAUCUAUGUACCUAUGUAUCUCAUGAAUAAAUAAAUAAAAAUCUUUAACAAAUAAAAACACUUUUUUGCACUGAA